AUGCAGGGGCUCAGCUCGCGGGCGCACGCGUUCUCCGUGGAGGCGCUGGUCGGGAAGCCGAGCAAGAGGAGGAAACUGUCGGAGACACUCGAGCUCAGCUCUGACUGCGGUGAGACGCUGCCUUGGAUCAUUGUGUGCUGUUCUGUUCUGGGUCCCAGUGUGUCUAACGGUCAAGGCCCGUCAGAGUUUCCACUGGAUUCGACGGCGGGCCGCACGGAUGAGGGGCGCUGUGAUGACCCGCCGGGAGAGGACUCCGAGCCGGAGGACCGUGGGGUCCGAGUGGAGCUGCAGGGCUCCGAGCUGUGGAAGAGAUUCUUUGAGAUCGGAACUGAGAUGAUCAUCACCAAAGCCGGCAGGAGGAUGUUCCCAUCCGUGCGGGUCAAAGUGCGCAACCUGGACCCUUGUCAGCAGUAUUACAUGGCCAUGGACGUCAUGCCGGUGGACUCCAAGCGCUACAGGUACGUGUACCACAGCUCGCAGUGGAUGGUGGCGGGAAACACGGACCACUCCUGCAUCGCCCCCAGACUCUACGUGCACCCGGACUCUCCGUGCGCCGGGGAGACCUGGAUGCGACAAGUCAUCAGCUUUGACCGAGUCAAACUGACCAACAACGAAAUGGACGAUAAGGGGCAUAUCAUUCUGCAGUCGAUGCACAAGUACAAGCCGCGUGUGCACGUCAUCCAGCACGACCCUCGCAUGGACCUGUCUCGGAUCCAGUCGCUGCCUGCGGAGGGCGUCCACAGCUUCUCCUUCCCAGAGACGGAAUUCACCACCGUCACCGCCUAUCAGAACCAACAGAUCACCAAGCUGAAGAUUGACAGGAACCCCUUCGCCAAAGGCUUCAGAGAUCCGGGAAGAAAUCGGGGGGUGCUGGACGGACUUCUGGAGUCCUAUCCCUGGAGAGCUCCUCUCACUCUGGACUUCAAGCCGUUCGCCCUGCAGCUCAAUGGGAGCUCCGGCUCAGCCAGCAGUGCCGGUGCCUCGCUCAAGAGCCUCCUGCCUCUCUCCCCGACCUCACCCCUCCAUCCUUUCUCCUGCCAAGAUGCCACACUCUCCACCAUUGCGGUGCCUCUCUACGGAAAGACGCCCCAGUCCUCCAGAGCCUUCCCCUCCCUGGGAGCUGACCGACUGCGAGGCCUCCCGUCUUUAUCCCCCCUCGCCGAGCUGCCGCUCCUCUCUGUGCUGCAGGGGAAGAAGCCGCCCCACUGCAGGGAGCCAUGUCUCCCGGGGUCACCCAUCAGCACCCCCUGCCUGAUACCCAUCACCAGCCCGCUCAGCCCGCAGGGACCCGCUUCCUCUCUUCUUCCUCGGCUGCCGGACACCUACUGUCUGUACCGCUACGGCUUCCCGCUGAACCCCGCGCUGACGGCCAUCGCUCGCCACGCCAAGCUGGCCGACGCCACCACGGACUGUCUGCUGCGGCAGUCACCGUGGAACCACACCACCAACCACUGCUUGUGACUGCACUUUACGGCCCGGCGAGACAAAGGAGGGCGCUUCUCCUAGACGGACUUUGAGGAGUCGAGAAGCCCGGACACAGCUGUAUUUAAAGACUACCGUUUCAUUUGGAUCCAAGAGUGAGCGGCUUGACCUAGAGUGCGCGCUGUAGUGCAGUAACCAAAGACCGCCAGCCG